AACUCGUGAAAUAGGGCAAAAACGGCCAUUUUUGAAACUUUGAUCAUCUCUCCUGACCACAAAAACAAUUCAAAUUGAAAAAUCCCACUCUGUUUUUUGUUUUAGGGUCUAAACUAUCGAUUAAGCCCAUUUUCAACCCGAACACAAGCAUGCCGUUGCCUAGUGUAAUUUACAGGUAAUUUCUCAUAAAUAACAGAUGGUUUUCAAUUAAUCACAGGUAAUUUCUGAUUUCUGCUAAAUUACUUUUACUGGUGUUCAUUCUGGUAAAUUACUGGUAAUUUUUGGUAAAUUGCCCAUCAUUUUAAGUAAAUUACUGGUAAUUUCUGGUGAAUUACUUGUAAUACUUUUUACUUUACCUUUUGAAAAUUUUGGAAAAAAAUCAACAAACGGCUAAGGGGGAGAUGUUUUUCAAGUCAAACUUUCAAAAACAAUUUUCAGACAUUUUGUCAGAUUUUCGAAACCUUCAGGACACUUUUUUAUGAAGAAAAUUCGAGUCAGGUCGGGGUUGUUCAAUUCACCAAAUAUAAAAUACCGGAAAAAAUGCAGUAUGUUCAAAUUUUCAAGUUACAAAAUAAACAAUUUUCAACUUAAAAAGAAAACGAAAACAAAAAACCAAGACUGUGAGCAGAAAAUGCCACUAGUGCUUAAAAGGGGUGGGGGGAGGGCAUCAAAGUUUAUUCAAAUCUAAAUUCUAUUUUCGAAGUGGGGUACAAAGAUGAAAUGAAGAACAAAAUUCAGAAUUCUGAAUGAAGAAGAGAAUAUGUAAGUAAAUGGAACAAUUCAGAGUUUUAUCAAAAAAAUGUAAAUGACAAGAUUUUUUGAAUAAUGUUGUCAAAAAAAACAAAAAAAACAGAAAGAAAAAAAGCUGACUGGUUAGGUAGGUCAUACAUGUAAAUUUUAUCCACAUUACGUCUUUUACCAGCAUUCAUAAAAAUGUGAUUUUUUUAUCCAUGUUUUUUGUCAAAAACAUAGGCUGGGAAUCGAUUCAAUUAGGCAUCUACUUAUUUUUCAAAAAUUGUUAAUCAAUUCGAUUACUCUCGAAAAUUAAAUGAAAAUCAAAGGCUUUAAUUACGAUUACUCAAAAAUACAUUUCAAAAUCACGUUCAGAUUAUUUGAUGCGCAGAUAAAGAGUUGAUUACGCAACCAUUCUGUUAAAUGAGUAUUUCAGUUUUCAUCUCACGAGUCAGAUUCCGAUAGAAUUUCACUAAUGAGGCAGUUGAUAUAUUUUUCUUCUCUGUGUGUGAGGUAGAAGCAACCAUGAAUCCUCUUUACAUCAUUGGGAUCUUCUUCUUCGCCUCCUAUUGCAGCGGUCAAACUGAGCAAACAAAUCCCACUAUAAACAUUAACCACAAAAACAUGGUUCAAUGCGAAACACACAUGCAAGUACACGAGAUCAGUUAUGUUUGGAUUAUUCGUAAUUUUAGCGCCCACAAGACACUCCGCAGAGAAGUUCUAUCACCUAAGUUACGCGCACCCACAACUGAUAGAAUCGAAUGGGAUCUUCGACUUUACCCUCCAUACAGUAGAACUCUACGAGAUUAUAGUGAAAUUGGAUUUUAUAAUUUUGUAUCUAAUGAAAGUAAAGUUGAAGACGCGAUAGCAGAAUGCAAUAUUUCAAUCAUCAAUCAUAAAAAAGAAGUGUUACUUCAUAAACAUUAUGCAAAAUCACAAAGGUGCAAACCCGGAGUUGGGAACAAAUGGCACACCUUUGAAAUCCUUUGCAAGGAUGAUGAUUUUUUUAGAAAUCACUUGCUGCAAAACGACACAUUAACGAUGGUCAUUCAUCUAAAAUGGUUUUUCGAACCAUCUCAUAAUGUUUCUCAUCAACGAAAGAUCCUAUCGCCUCAUCCAAUACCAGACUCUGCCAUCAUGAAAAAUAAUCUAUCUACAAACUUCGAAUACAUGCUGGAAAAUCCGGAAUUCGCGGACGUCGUAUUUAUCACAAAUGGUACCAACUACCCAGCUCAUAAGAAUAUUUUGGCCGCACGCAGCCCUGUUUUCGCUGCCAUAUUCCGACGCAAGGAUACAAAAAAUGGAAAAAAUAAGAAAAUUCGAAUAAACGUCACAAACAUGGACGGAGAUGUACUACGUUCUAUGCUGAGGUAUAUUUACACCGGCGAAUGUGAAAAUUUGGACAAACUAGCAGACAAAUUACUCGCAGCUGCUAUUAAAUAUCGUUUGGAUGGUUUGAGAAGAAUUUGCGAGCAAACACUUCGUCAGACUCGGUCAUCUGAUACAGCAGCAUAAAAAUUGGACUUGGCGGAGUAAUGUCACGAACUCACAGGAAAUCACGAAGACUUUGAGUAGAGGCAGAGCCAGCAUACGGAAAUUAAUGUUUAAUUAAUAAAUAAGAUUCAAUGAUAAUUCAAAAUCCUAUUUAUAUCAUUAAAAAAAACUUAGAUUAGACUUAUUUCGUUACAUCUGUCCAGAACUAGCCCAUUUAUCAUUGCUUUACAGAUAAAAAUAUACAGAUAUAU